GUGUGAAACGUAUCCGCUCAGAGACAUGGCUGAAACCGCGCCAGCUGCCGCCGCUCCUCCGGCUAAAGCUCCCAAGAAGAAAUCGGCGUCUAAACCCAAGAAAACGGGCCCGAACGUCAGGGACCUCAUCGUCAAGACCGUGACCGCCUCCAAAGAGAGAAGCGGCGUGUCCCUCGCCGCCCUGAAGAAGGCUCUUUCUGCGGGUGGUUACGAUGUGGAGAAAAACAACUCCCGCGUCAAGAUCGCCGUCAAGAGUUUGGUGACCAACGGCACCCUGGUCCAGACCAAAGGCACUGGCGCCUCCGGUUCAUUUAAACUCAACAAGAAGCAAGCCGAAACCAAGAAGAAACCCGCUAAAAAGACCCCCACUAAAACAAAGAAGCCUGCUGCCAAGAAACCCGCCGCCAAGAAAUCCCCCAAGAAGGUGAAGAAACCGGCAGCCACCGCAGCAAAGAAGGCGACAAAGAGCCCCAAGAAGGCCAAGAAACCUGCAGCUGCCAAGAAACCUGCAGCUGCAAAGAAACCAGCUAAGAGCCCCAAAAAGGCAAAGCCAGCAGCCGCUAAGAAAGCAGCCAAGAGCCCCAAGAAGGCCAAGGCAGCCAAACCCAAAACGGCGAAGCCUAAGGCAGCCAAGCCUAAAAAGCCGGCACCCAAAAAGAAAUAAAUAUCACUCUGUGUAAAUUUCUUCCCAAAACAAAACGGCUCUUUUAAGAGCCACCCACUUGCUACAAUUAAAGAGCAACAUUUUAAUUGUUUUAGUUAAAUGCUUAUUGAGGCGUUUGAGAGUGUGAACUCAGGGAGCUUGUGUGCUUUUAUUUUUGUAAGAUACAA